AAAAAAAACCCCUUCCCCUUUCAAUGCUAUAUAUAUCCCUCCAUUCAUCCCAUUCUUCAAAGUAAUUUACCCCUCUGUUCCCCAUUUCUCUCUUUGAAUCCCCCUUACACUUGAAUUGUCACCAUGCAACUCCUUUUCCCCUCAUUGCCACUACCACCCCACACUUUUCUACCAACUUUCACAGCUUUCUAUGGUUGUCACCUUCCCUUUCUCAUUACACCAAUUGUUUUGUUUUAUUUGAUGGUGGUUUUGGUGGUGGUGAUGCUGCUGUUGUUGUUGUCAGUUCAUCAAUGGCGGCACCCCAAGGACAAACCCCUGCCACCUGGUUCCAUGGGUUGGCCUUAUAUUGGUGAAACUCUCAAGCUUUACAAAGAGAAUCCCAAUUCUUUCUUUGCCAACCGCCAAAAAAGGUAUGGAGAUAUAUUCAAAAGCCACAUAUUAGGAUGCCCCUGUGUGAUGAUUUCAAGCCCUGAUGCAGCUAAGAUUGUGUUGGUCACAAAGGCUCAUCUUUUCAAACCAACUUAUCCACCAAGCAAGGAGAAGAUGAUAGGGCCUGAGGCCAUAUUCUUCCAUCAAGGUCCUUACCAUUCAAGGCUGAAGAAGCUGGUUCAGGCCUCUUUUUUACCCUCUGCAAUUCGAGGUUCAGUUUCUGAGAUUGAGCAGAUUGUUCUUAAAUUCCUACCAGCUUGGGAAAACACCACUCUUAACACCUUGCAAGAAAUGAAGAGAUAUGCUUUUGAUGUGGCAAUGAUUUCUGCCUUUGGCCAUAAACAAGACAAGGAAAUCAACGGAAUCAAGCAGCUCUAUCAAUGCCUUGAAAAGGGUUACAAUUCCAUGCCUUUAGAUCUUCCAGGAACUCCUUUCAAUAAAGCAAUGAAGGCUAGGAAGCUGUUGAAUGAGACCCUGAGAAGAUUGAUAAAAGAAAGAAGAGAAAAUGAGAAACAAGGUGGUGGAGGAGGGUUGCUGGGUGUUCUAUUGGGUGACCAAAACCAAAAGGUUGAUCAACUCAGUGAUUCCCAGAUUGCAGAUAAUGUAAUUGGUGUAAUCUUUGCUGCUCAUGAUACCACUGCAAGUGUCCUAACAUGGCUGUUAAAAUACUUGCAUGACAAUGGAAAUUUACUAGAAGCUGUCACUAGAGAACAAGAAGGUGUUCGACGAGAAAUAAUCGAAGCAAAUCGCAGGCUUAUGUGGGAUGAUACAAGGCACAUGCCAUUGACUACCAGGGUGAUUCAAGAGACAUUAAGAACAGCAAGUAUUCUGUCAUUCACCUUCAGGGAAGCAGUGGAAGAUGUUGAGUUUGAAGGCUAUUACAUCCCCAAAGGUUGGAAGGUUCUUCCUCUCUUUAGAACCAUUCAUCAUUGCGCGGAUUUCUUCCCUAAACCCGAGAAAUUUGACCCUUCGAGAUUCGAGGUACCGCCGAAACCCAACACGUUUAUGCCCUUUGGGAAUGGAGUACACUCUUGUCCAGGCAGUGAACUGGCCAAGCUUGAGAUGUUGGUGCUCCUCCACCAUCUCACCACAAAAUACAGGUGGCAAGUUGUGGGAGAUGAGGAUGGAAUCCAGUAUGGUCCCUUUCCAGUGCCCAAAAAGGGCUUACCUGUAAGGGUCACCCCAAGAAAUAUAUAGGCACCAUGAGCACAACAAUACACCAUUUCUGGAUUUGGACUCAAAUGAAGAUUUAACUUUUUUGGGGGGCUAAAAAGCCUAUUGAGUUUUUCUUUUUUCUCAUUUUGGUUGUUUAAUUUGUCUAUGGGAAUCUUUUGUAAUUGUUCAAAAGCUUUCUUGAGGAAGGGUUUUUUUUUUUUUUUGGUCCUUGGUUUGUUCAAGGUAAAGUAAAUCUGCUGUAUAAAAAAAAAGUAAAAAAUAAAAGGAAAUGUAUUUGCUUCAAUGUGUUUGAAAGCAAUUUCUUUUUAUGAAAAGCAUUAAAUUAGAUAAUUAAAUUUAAAAUUAAUUAAUUUAGGUUAAUAAACUCAAAUUAACUAAUUGAAAUAAAUUUGCAAAAAAGUUCACACCCAAUGAAAUUCAAACGUGGAAUAUCAAAUUUCAUUCGUUUUUAAGGAUCAAAUUCAAACAUGUAAGGGUCGGUGUUCCACAUGCUCCAAUUCUGCCUUAUCAGCUUGGAAGAUAUUUUCAUCACAAACUGCAUUGAACUAAUGAACUUUAGCAAGUUACUUGCUUCAUCUCCAACAUCACAAGUUCCUCAUAUUGAUUUCCAUUCAACUAUGAAUCAUUAGUGAAAACACUACACCAAAUUUUGUCCCAAGCAAAAGGCACUUGGUUGAUACCCUCAGUACCAUUGAGACUGAUAUUGUUAUACCACGAUAUUAUCAGAACCAACUGUCAAGUCCUAUUAAUCUUUAACUCAGUACAAUGGUACAAUGUGAGAUUGCCUUGCAAGCAGUUCUCGGUUGAACUGAAUUAAGUAUAAAGAGUGUUUUGGAACAUAAGGUGAAGUGCUCAUAGCUUAAACCUACCUCCAAACCCAAUCCAUUACCAAAUAUAUGUCGUGUGUUUUGCUGAUUAGUGUUCCAUCCUUACAAGGUGUUUGACAUGGUAGCCUUCUCUCAAUAGCUGGUUUAAGCAUUCAUUUUGGUUUUCAUCUCAUAUACAGGAAGAAUGAUAAAAGCAGCUUAAAGAGGGCCAGGAUAGAGUCCACCACAAUCAACGCAGAUAGCAACAAAUAUGAGGCGUAGCUGACAACCCACUAGCUAAGCAUAGCUUGAGGACAUGUCCCUCCAAUGUAAUACCAAUAGAGCAAUUGCAGAUUGGUACUCAUUUCAAAUCAAACCCCACAAAUAACGGAACCAGUUUUAAUCCAUCUGCGGAUUUGGCUGCUAUGCAAGCAGAGCAUUAAACUCGAACAACAUUUGAACCACCAUUAAUGGUUAAGAUAUAAAGACAGAGGAAGAAGAAUACCCUAAAAAUUGCUCGUUCAGUCAAGCCCUUCCAAUGUUCUAGCAGAUCUUACUCAUCAUGUGGAGUUCAAAAUGCAUGUACAUACCAUACAGAAAAAUAUGACAUCUAUGUAUAAGAACGUAUAAAAAUCACAUAAAUAUCUCAACAAUCAUGGAUUUUGCUCUUUCACUUCAAUCAGAAUGGUACCGCAGAAACUGGAUUUUCAUAUGUAAAAUGUGGUGAACGCAUGCAAGCUUUGACAGACGUAAGAAUCCAAAAGGGUAAGAAAGUGAGUCGUGGCUUCACCAUUUGUGGAAGAAAGAAGCUCUGAGCACCUUUAAAGCAAAAAUUAUUGCAACAAUCUUGUGUUUGGCUGUGCAUAUGGAGAAAUAUAUGGUGCAAAACAAGGAUAAGCUAAUGUAUUUCACAUCUUAAUGAGUUGGCCUGCAUGCUAGAAUAAGGUGGCUUGUACAAUCUCUGAGUUUUUUUCCCUCUCCAGAUGUCGAGUCCCAUAGUGUUGGUCCAAAGGCCUCAUCAAUCAUGGGAAUGUUGCUCACCAGUCAUUAAUAUAGAGGGGUCUAAGCAAGUAGGCUCACACUGCAAUUAUAUGCUGGGUUCUGUUUAACAAGAGGCAAACACAUCUCACAUGAAUGCAAAAUGGCUUUGUUUGGUUAAUAAGGACAGAUUUUUUUUUUCACCCUUUUCUUUACCCUAUAUGAAUCAAUGUGUGUAUUUCUAUGGAAGAUAAAGAUGAGAGUUCUUUUGACUUCAAACAUGAUCUGAGAACAACAUUCUUAUAAGGAAAUAAGUGUAAACCAACAGCCAGCUAGUCAACAAUCAUGGAAAGGAGGCAUCAAUGUCUAUCGUCAAACAUUAACGGAUAAAAUUUGUUUAGAAUUCCAUUAUGGUUAGAAUGAACCUUUUUCCCCAUUGUAAUAAACUGGAAAGUAAGAAAGGGAUCUAAAUUGAUGAUAUGUGGGAAUGAGUGUAAGCCUAGCACUUACAUAGAGUGACAUCCUAGAUGUAGGGCACUAAAACUACACAUUUCUAGAAACUGUAGUGCAACAUUCAGGAAACUACAUUUCUAUACAGACAUACAGCCAUUUAUCAUAACUCAUUAUAAAUAAUUUUCUGGACCUUUACUGCCAUAACUCAUUAGCAGCGCCUUUACCUCACAAGAAUGUCAUCACUGUUAUUUUGAUCUUUUCUAGUGUUUCCAGUUGCCACUUAUCCACGCCUACAUCUUUAUUUUGGUUGUGUCCAAUGCUCAAAAUUGUGGUAGCUCAGGGAAGAAAGAUCCUAUCAGCCAAUACUUCAGCGCUUUACAAAUUAAAGCACUUUUCAGACUUGUUAACUAUAUAUUCCAUGUUCUUGUAAUUUUAAAGCUGCAAAAGUUAGCUCAUCCAGUUCCAUGAAUAAUGAACAAAAGUUUUAGAUAUCCUUCAAUGAUAAUUCUCUAGUCUUAAAUAUGAACAACUCCAUCAAAUAUGGGCAUGGCUCCAAUCUCUACAUCAAAAGGAUCUAGCCAAAGCCCAAAUCCUUGUUUAUGGAUACACCUAUGUGUUGAUGGCUUUCCUUCUUAAGCACCAAUCUAGACAUCACUAUAUUUGUUUAAAACUUGGCAAAAGAUAUAAAAUGAAGUCAUGAGGCCCUAUGCGGUUUGUCUAGAAUGAAUACAAAUCAUAGAGCUCGCAGCCUUGGGAAAAGACACGAGCAUUUGUCAGUAUAGUCCAUAUGUAUAUUUCAAUAAACAAAGAGAUCUUCAACCUAUAUGAAAAUCAACGAGGCAGAGUAAAAAUUUCAGUAAAAGCACUGCCUAGCACUUCCCCAAUGCCAAAGCGUAAAUGGUCUAAACAAUUUCAUUACAUUGCAUAAUUUAACAAUUGCAUACAUGUUUGCAACUAGUACACAAAAGGUAAGAAUUUGUACCUAACUUUACUUGCAUACUACAAACUCUCCCCGAAUGUCUCUACCAUUAAAACCUCCUCCAAUUUUGCUUUCUGAUCAUAAUACAUCGAAAAAACUGCUACAACAAAUAUCAAGCUAAGAGGUGCUCUAAGUGCAAUACAAUAACUUGCAAACAAAAGCAUCGUAGAUGCAUAUAUUCGAUGCCGAAUC